AUGUGGCACCCUUUCGACAACAUAUCCGAGGAGCUCAUUGAUACCAUCGUCAGCCAGAUAUGCUGCCGACGCACACUAGCAGCCUUAUGCCGCGUGUCCAAACAACUCAACCGCAUCGCUACUCCAUAUCUCUACGAGAACAUCACGUUGUACUCGGAUAUAGGCGGAGAGGGAGCUCUGAGACACCUCCGCCCACUUGCGCACCGCUUUUUCGCCGAUCCGUCUUUUGCUGCGCUCGUGAAGUCUAUCGCCCUUCCAGAUGGUUGGGGAGUUUGUGAGAGCGCGCCUCGCCUUGACAAUCUCAAGGUGAAGCCAUGGCCAAGAAUCGAAACCCCCGAAACCGAGCAACUGUUAGAGCGAAUAUGUCGGGAAUACUACCUCGAUGAAACCAAGGCGCUGAGAAUGUACAUCAAGCUGUAUGCAGCUGAUGCGGACGUCAUCAUCACACUGCUCGUCGCGAAUCUCCCAAAUCUGGAGAGAUUAGACUUGGAACUCGGAGAGUUUCGUGACCAUAAGCUCUUUUGCAAAAUGAUCAAGGGGUCUGCCGGGCGCCUUGAGGCUAAGAAAGCGGCGUCACUUAAUUCGCCAGAAUCGUCCUUGUCUCCAACCGCCCCAUUGCCAAAACCUGUCGAUGUGUUCAUCAGAGAUUCUGAGGCUGGCGACGUUGAAUAUCUGGCAUCAUUCUUCUCCCUGCCGAAUCUUCGCUCCAUGUACGCAUUCAAGUUUGGGGAUGACGAUGAAAAUAUUAAUCUAAUGGAGAGAGACCCAUUCACCGUGUUGGAGCCGCACUCUUGUGGCGUGCAACACAUCGAGCUCAGAGCCUCCUCGCUGGCAACGCAUACGUUGCGAGACUUGAUCGACGCGACUAUACCGGGGAAACUCGAAGCUUUCCUGUACGAGAGGGCAGGUCCUUUCACGUCGCGCUCGGCGGAGCUUCCCUUUCUCAUGCGUUGUCUGGAAAAUCAUCAAGAUCACCUAGAGACUCUGGCGCUCGGUUACGAGGAGAUCGAGGGCCAUACGGUAUUUGAACAAACAUGGUGGGAGUUCUUUGACAGACGGCCGGAGGCCAUGUCAUUCACUUCAUUCAAGUCUCUUCGCCGCCUCCGAGUAGCGCCGGAAAUGAUCUGGGGAUACACCCAUGACGAAUGCACCGUCCAGGACGAGGAUGAGAUCAUGACAACUAUAGACAUGUUUUGGAAAGCCCUUCCAGCAUCCUUGGAAGAGUUUUGGCUUACACGGUCGCAAACCCAUUGGAUACCCGGCUUUCAAGUUUGGGAUCUCUGCAUCAUCCCGCGCAUCCUUAUACCUGCGCUCCAUCGUCUUGUGGAGCAAAGCAGCGAAGCAUGUCCCCAUCUCCGGUCAAUCCGCAUUGAACUCAGACCUACUCAUUGGGAUGCCCUGUGGCUAGACCUACUGGCCGAAUUCUGUCACGAGGCCGAAAGGAAAGGUAUAUACUGCACUGUCAUCUUCCUCCACAUUUGGCGUGGAAUUUCGUACGGUUCCGAAAAGAGUGAUACGUGCGAGCGCAAUUGGGGCUGGAAUGAAGAUUUUGAGUGGAGCGAGAUUUUCAUGAAUGCAAACAAGAUAUGGCGAAAAUAUAGCAUUCGUGCAGCGGACGAGGACGAUUUGAAGGGGAAGAUGCGGGCGCUCAAAUACGGCAUUUUCUUGGAACACACACGAGGACUCAUCGACCGCUGGAACGAUAGACACCUUGACGGUAACUCGUCGUUAUCUGUACAGCUCGACACCGACACUCAGGACUAA